AUUCGUAAUGCUGUAUACUUGCCUCACACUGCAGGGCGUUUUUCUACAAAGCGAUUUAGGAAAGCUCAGUGUCCCGUUGUCGAGCGCUUGACAAACUCCCUCAUGAUGCAUGGUCGUAAUAACGGCAAAAAGUUAAUGGCCGUUAGAAUUGUGAAGCACGCCUUUGAAAUUAUUCAUCUCUUAACCGACCAAAAUCCUAUCCAAGUGUUGGUUGAUGCUAUCAUUAACACUGGUCCACGUGAGGAUUCAACUCGAAUUGGUAGUGCAGGGACUGUUCGAAGACAAGCCGUCGAUGUAUCUCCUCUGCGAAGGGUGAAUCAAGCUAUUGCUCUCUUGACAAUUGGAACGCGUGAAUCCGCAUUCAGAAACGUCAAGAGCAUUGCGGAAUGCUUGGCCGAUGAACUUAUUAAUGCUGCCAAGGGAAGCUCAAAUUCCUAUGCAAUUAAAAAGAAGGACGAACUAGGCAAGUAUAUUUCUCAUAUUCACCUUACAGAACGAAAAAAAACCCUGUCGCAAGAACAAGAAUUAAUUCAACUACGGAAAACUGUAGAAGAGAAGGAAGAUGAACUCAAAAAUCUUUAUGAUGUUUUAAAAGAAAAGAUCACACUUCAGCAAAACACGUUGCAGAGAUUCUCGCACUCUGUUCUUUUAGCAAAACUCAAAUCCAGUGUUCAGCAAUCGGAUGAAUUGUCAGAACAGAUUGCUACGUCGUUUUUAUCGGGAGAAUUAGAAUGCGAUCAAUUUUUAAAGCAUUUUAAAGAGCUAAGGAAGGUGUACCACUUAAGAAAUGCAAAGGCCGAAAAAGUCAAUAAUCAACCCGGAAUAUUGAGUUCGAGUUUGAAUCUUUGA